AUGGAGCGAUCCAACGAAGGAUCUACCAACAAACAGCAAAAGAUUGUUCAAGUAUCGCUGCAUGAACCCGCUUACCUUCACUGCACAAUACCACAUCUCAAGCAAAAUAUUGUAGCCUGGACACGUUUACGUGACGAAGCUUUGUUGACUGCUGGCGAGCAAUCAUUUACUAGUGAUUCUAGAUUUCAAAUAUUGCUGGAACCAUCCAAAGUUGACUGGGUAUUAAUUAUUAGACGAGCAGAAAGGUCAGAUUCCGGUUGUUAUUUAUGUGAAGUGAAUACCGAACCACGAAGUACUGUUUAUGCCGUAUAUUUAAAUGUUAUCGAAACACGCAAUCUCAAAGUACCAUCUUCAGCAACAAAACGCACAAUAAAUUUGAUGGCCAAUAUGAUUGGGAGUGAAGUGCUCCUGAAUUGCACAGUAACGAUCGGUAGUGAAGCAAAUAGUGUAAGUGGUGAAGUGGAAUGGUGGAGAGAUGGACAACCAAUUGAUUUUAAAAAUAGUAAAAAAUACAUAUCAAAAGUGAAACGAGACAGUAAAACGAUCGUUUAUACGUUACGAAUUCUUAGCGCCUCAAGUGAAGAUGAUGGAAGUUAUUCAUGCAAAACGGUGGAUGCACCAGAAUCAACUCAUAUGCUACACGUCAAUACAAGUAACUUCUGCGUGAAGUUUCGAACCUGUUCAUCUUAUUUUAUUUAUUUCUCGGUUACGAUUAAGAUGCUAUCAUAUCUUUCGGACUAUUCCAUUCUGAAUACGAUGGGCUAA